GUCCCCCCAACAGCACUCAAAGCAAGAGUCUUUCUGUUUUGGGCCUUGGUCUCUGCAAGAGUCGCCUGGUCGUGGGCCUGGCUAUGUGCGAAAGUCUUCGCGUUCUGGUUCUUGGUCUCCUCGUUCGACUUUUUAUACAAGUCGAUCUUCUUCUGGUCGACAGAGGCCUGGCUGGCGCGCUCUGCUGCUUCGGAACCCAUCGAAUUGCUGGGAGACCCCGACGGUGGUGGCGACGAUGGUCGCGAGGGUGGCGGGGGAAUGCGCGACCCCCCAGGCGUGUUGUUCCCGACGAGGGCGCUGCUGCUACUGCCCGAAUCAGACUUAGUGCUCAGAGAGCCAGCACCACCCAGGCGGCCCUGGCCUGAAUCAGACUUCGUGAGAGCGCCAGCAACACCCAGGCGGCCCGGCGCGCGGCGACUGAUGCACUCGGGCACUGGCACGGGCGCGGCCAACGACGCGGCCGAGGCACCAAUGAGCGCCAUGGCAAUGGUGGUGGUGAGGGAGAGCUUCAUUGCGAGCGUAGAAUAGGCUAGUUAGUAGGACAGUGGCCGGUGGGGGAACGAGUAGCGGAGAUGGUAGAAGCGAAAGGUAGGGUGGACAGAGAGCGUGCACGCUUGCUUGCUUCUUGUGGUCGGACCAGCCGGGAGGAAUCAAUCGCCUUGCAGGCGCUCCUUUCUUGCAUCUGCUCCUCACAGGCUACUGGUGCCCGCCGUGGCGCGGUCAAUAUGCGGUCAUUACUCGUAUAUGAAAGGCUGCCGCCGCACCGCGCCAUACCGUACGUCGUACUGAACAAAAGAGCAUACACGGCCGUAGCGGACCGUUUCCU